AACCUCCCCACAGACUCUGCCCUGGGUCCAGAGUCUGGGCCCUACCCACGUAGCCACUGGGAGCAACUGGAGGCCACACGCACCAGCAGCCCCUUGUUUUCAGCGAUUUGUGACAGCCACCCCGGCCUCUGGAGCCAUGGCCAGUGAGGAGGAUGACCCGAGGAGCUGUGUGGUGUGUGGGGACCGAGCCACAGGCUAUCACUUCCACGCUCUGACCUGUGAGGGCUGCAAGGGUUUCUUCAGACGAACAGUCAACAAAAGCAGUGGUCUCGUCUGCUCCUUCACCGGAAGCUGUAAGGUCAACAAGGCCCAGCGGCGCCACUGCCCAGCCUGCAGGCUCCAGAAGUGCCUGGAUGCCGGCAUGAGGAAAGACAUGAUACUGUCGGCUGAAGCCUUGGCGUUGCGGCGAGCCAAGCAGGCCCAGCGGCGGGCGCAGCAAACACCUCUGCAGCUGAGCAAGGAGCAGAAAGAGCUGGUCCAGACACUCCUGGGGGCCCACUCGCGGCACAUAGGCACCGUGUUCCAUCAGUUUGUGCAGUUCAGGCCUCCGGAACACCUGUUCAUCCAUCACCAGCCCUCACCCACCCUGGCCCCUGUGCAGCCUCUGCUCAUGCACAUUGCAGACAUCAACACUUUCAUGGUGCAGCAAAUCGUCAAGUUCACCAAGGAUCUGCCCCUCUUCCGGUCCCUGUCCAUGGAAGACCAGAUCUCCCUUCUCAAGGGAGCAGCCGUGGAAAUCUGUCACAUCGCACUCAAUACCACCUUCUGUCUCCAGACACAGAACUUCCUCUGUGGGCCCCUUCGCUACACCAUGGAAGACGGAGCCCACGCGGGCUUCCAGGCAGACUUCCUGGAGUUGCUCUUUGGUUUCCACGGCAAGCUGCGACGGCUGCAGCUCCAGGAGCCCGAGUACGUGCUCAUGGCUGCCGUGGCCCUCUUCUCUCCGGGUGAGCAUCUCCCAAACCCCAGAAACGUAUGCUCCACCACCUCUGCCCUGCUCAGCUCCAUGAAUCCAUCCAUCCCAUACACCUGCAGAGGGUCGCUGACAGUCGGGGCACUGGGCAGGCCCUCCCCUGCCCCCCACCUUGUCCUUCCCAGCUUCCUGUCUUACAGACCGGCCAGGAGUUACCCAGCGAGAGGAGAUCGAGCAGCUCCAAGAGGAGAUGGCGCUGACUCUGCAGUGCUACAUCAAGGGCCAGCAGCCAACGCCCCGGAGUCGGUUUCUGUACGCAAAGCUGCUGGGCCUGUUGGCUGAGCUCCGAAGCAUCAACAACGCAUACGGGUACCAAAUCCAGCGCAUCCAGGGGCUGUCUGCCAUGAUGCCCCUGCUCUGGGAGAUCUGCAGCUGAGGCCGGCUCGCCUCCUUCCCCAGCCCCCUGGGACUCACUGGACUGGGAAGGGGAAGAACACUCGACGAGGUUGGGGCCAGCAGGAAGGGGGCCCGGUGGUUGUAAUGAAAGACUAAAGCAA